AUGCGGGCGGCGGGUCCGGCCCCGUUGGGAGGCUCGGCCGCCGCCGCCGCCCGCGCUCCGCGGGGCCCCCGGGGCCGCCGCCGGGUGCGGCCGUCCUUCGUGGACGAGUCGCUGUUCGGCCGGCCCGCGGGGGCCCGCCCGCCGCCGCCCGCCUUCCCGCCGCCCUGGGCGGCCCCCGCGGCCGGCGGCUCCCGGCCCGGCAGCCAGUGCAGGUCCCGAAGCCACGCUCCGUCCUUCUGUGACGAGUCCCUGUUUGCUGCCAAGCCCGCGGGUCCUGCCCGGGCGGCUCCGCGGAUGAGGAAGGAGGAUGUAGCCAAGCUCCACUCGCUGCUCUGGAGCCCCCCGCCGGCUCCCCAGACCCAGCCUGGCCUUUCCCCACGCUGCCGGGGCGCUCCCCUGCGAGCCGUCCACCCGCCGGCCUCCGCGCCUCCGGCCGCGUCCGAGCCCGGCCACACGGAGAAGUCCUGCGGCCGGAGGCAUCCCCGCAGCGACGCUUGCUCCAGAGCCUGGGGUGCUCCUGCCAGAACACGUUCCCAGUCUGUCAACCGGCUGAGCACCCCCCCGGACGGGAUUCACCCUUCUGCCAACCUCGGCACAGAAAGGUGGAAGAACCGGAGCACUCCAACAACCCCCGCUGCCCCCCAGGGCUCUCUGGUAUUGAGAGGCUGCUGAGGCACUCCCAAAGCUUCCCUUCACCAGGAAAUGAGCUCCAUUCCCUCUGCCUCUAUGCACAGCACGUGCCUUGGUGUCUCCCUGCUGUACAUGCUUUGUGCCACCAACACCUUAUGGACUCCUCUGACAAAGCAGGACAAGGGAGGACGAGCACAGAGGUGAGGGAAGCAUUGCCCUGCAUCCUGAUGGCAGUGGGACGGUCCCAGGCUGGAUGGGAUUUGUGACAGAGAAUGAUCUGCACAGGGAUUUUGGCAGCUCGUGGUGUGAGGAGGUGCUGAGUAAAUCCCUAAUUUUGUGGCUGAGGGUUGUGAGGUGCUCUCAGCAGUGCCACAGUGUCACCAAAUAAGUGCUCCAAGACAAAUCUGGGAUCUGGGGAGUGCUGCUGAGUGGUCUGGGCACCUCCAAAGCUCCUCCACUUCCUUUGCUGAGCUGGGAAAGAGCAGCUCUGUGUUUGGAGAUGCAUAAAGGACAUGGGGUGGGUGACCUGGAUUUGCAGUCACUGCUCCCUGGGGAGGGAGCCUGCAGUGAAGAGCUGCUGAGAUUAGGGGGAGUGUGGUAACUCCCAUGCUGAGGGAAAUGCUCAAAUUCACCCAAGGGCACGCCAAGCCAGGUUAAGAGCAUCAUUCUGCCCCCAGAAAUUAUUUUAUUGCACCUUGAACAGCAGCAGGAUUGGCCCUUGACCCCUCAGCAGCUGGAGCUGGAGCCAGCCAGGAGCCUGCACUGAGAGGAACUUCUGCUCAUUUCUUGGCCUGACAGGUAGCAAGAAUAACCUGACAUUAAAACCUGAGAAGGUGAGUGAAGAUCCUUGUGAUUUGCUCCAAGCUCUCGGAUCUCUCCCUGUGCUUCCCACUGAGGCAAUCCUGCAGCUCUUCUCCAGCUGGGGUGAAACUGGAGGGACAGGAAACAAUUUGGCUUUGUCAGAGGAGGGGCUGGGAGUGCUGGUGUCAGUCCAAGCCUGACCAGCUGUGUUUGGGAUGUGGGCACAGUGGCGUGCAAGCGGUGAAGGCUGCAGGUCUCACUGGGCUGGGAGAGUCCAGAUGUGAUUUGGACACUAGAUGGAGACAAGAGGGUUGAGGAUUGACACGGGAGCAGGAAUGCUGUUCCAGCAGCUGGUGCGAGAUCCAGCGAGGUGAGUCCUCAGCAAACUGGGGGAACUGCCCUGGAAUCGAAGCAACAGAGAACUGAACCAGUGGGAUCUUGGAGAGCUGGAGUCCUUGAAAAAGGAAGCCUCUUAAAAUAAGGAGAUAUUUUAUCUGAAAAUCAAGUUAAUAGUGGCCUGUGUGGCCAGGAUUGGCCACUGUACCCCCACUGCUGCACUCAGUGUCCAAGGAAUGUGGGGGAAACUAGAGGUCAUCUCAUGAGCCACACUUUCCUGUCCCACACUGGCCCAGGUUGUCACCAAGGCCUUCCAGGAGCGCAGAACUGGCACUUCCUUGCUAUGUACAACAUGAGUACAAUGUUGGUUAAGUAUAAAUGGGUUGUUUGCAUUUUGUUCCAUGACUCUCACUCACAUUGGUGCUUUACUGUUGCCCUGUCCUCUUGUUCUGCCAGAGCUGUACAGCCCAGCAGGAAAGCAAAAGCUGCUCUGUUACUGCUGGAGCUGGUGCUCGCGUGGAAGAAAACCCACAUUAAAUCUGAAUGAAAGGAGGUGGGGGAAAUGUUUGGUUGUUUCCUCCCUCCAGAUCCGGCCUGUCCAGCGUCACUGGUGCUCAGCUCAGGCCAGAGCUGUCAAUACAGAGGCCUGAACCGAGCUCAGGAUCCUCCCUGCUGCUGCUCUCAUUGUUCUGCCUGCUCAGCACUGACAUAAACCUCACUUUCCACCUUUGACUCCA